AUGGCAGUCGCUGACCCACCUCAAGCUCCUCAGGGGAGGACACGGCCGUCGAGAGCACGUGGCCUGCGCACUUCCACAGGCUGCCUCACGUGCAAGACUAGGCGGGUCAAAUGUGACGAGGGAAAGCCAAUCUGCAGAGGGUGCGCUAGGUCGGAUGACAGAAAGUGCGUCUACAGCAAUGCGCUUGGCGAUAGUAUAUCAUCCGAAGAAAAUCAACAUCUACCAAGCCCAACAGCUAGACCUCCGGAGAAUGAGUCUCUCUCGAAUAACGCGCAGAUUCAGUCUACAGACCAGGAGAAGCUUUUAGAGCACUUUCCCGUUGACACGACAUCGCAGCCGGAUUCUGUAGACAGUGGAAUUGGCGACUGUUCCCAGUACGAAGACAUACAAACCCAGUUGCGGUGGCAUUCGUUCGGUCAGAGCAUAGAAUCGGUCCAGGGGCCAGAAUCUUUCAAUAGUCCCGCACAAAGCCUGUACCUUAUCGAUGGUAGUCGCGGUUCAAGCACACCCCUAACGCCAGGAGAUGGCACGCUUGAGUGGUAUGAUUUGGUGGCACAAGAUGCCGUGAUUGAUGUUGACAAGAUUGCUAUUGCCGAGUCUAGUCCUAGAUGGAACUUUGAUGACGGGGUUUCACAUCGCAAAGUCGGGCGUGAAAAGGUGCAAAGCAUGCAGCACGACACAGAUAGUGGUGGCUUAAAAAUGGUCCCCAAUCGCGAUGUGGAUUUCAAGGCUCACGAAAUUGAGUACUUAACUUACUACAUUCGUGUGGUCGCUCCAAUGCUGGACUUCUUCGAUCGUUCCUGCCAAUUUACGGAGGUGGUUCCUCAGCUCGCUCGAAGAAAUAUCGGACUUGCGAAAUCAAUAUUUGCUGCGGCAGCUCGACAUAAGUCACUUCAUGGUCUCGCGGAGGAAGCCCGAAAUCGCGACUGUCGAUAUGCAACCGAGUUUCUCUACGACGCCUUGAACUCUCUGGCGAGCGCAAUCCAAGAUACAGCGUACGCCCAAAGUCAGGAGACUCUUGCCACAGUUGUUAUGAUCAGCACGUGUGAAAUGCUCAAUGGCAGCAGCAAAGAGCUUGAACGCCAUCUCAGAGGGGCUUUUUGGAUACAUCGUCACCAGACUAACGAUGGUGAAUCGACUGGUCUUAGACGAGCUACUUGGUGGGCUUGGCUUCGCCAGGACAUAUGGGCUGCAUUCAGUAAUGGUCGAAAAACCUUGACCAUGUGGACUCCGAAAGAAAAUCUUGCUACUUUGUCUGCAGACGAUCUCGCUUUGCGCAUUUGCUACAUAAGCGCCAAAGUCGUUGACUACGUUUCACGAGAAGCUAUACAGACGCAAGAAUGGCAUCUUCGUUUGACCCAUGGAGAGCGGCUACAGCAGGAUCUCGAUGACUGGUUCAGUGUUUUACCUGACUCUUACAAGCCAUUGCCAGGCCACGGAUUCUGGGUGAACCCGCCACCAUAUGCAGGUGCAUUGCAGUAUUAUUAUUUUUCGACGCUCGUCCUAUCUUUACAUCGACCAUUUCUCGGAGGUAUAACGGAACAUCGAGCUCGCGAAAAAACCAUCACGGAGACUGUCGAGAAUGUGAUCAACAUCGUUAGGGCGAACGCCACAUCACAUGCAAUGGCAUUAGUCAACUUUCAGGCUCUUGAUGCAGCCCGACUGUGUUCGGAGGGACCGCAGAACAUGACUGUGUAUAUCAUCGCCUGCCCCAUUGAUACCGCAAUCGAGUUUUUGUAUUAG